AGAUAUGAUGCCUGCUAUAUCACGUGAGCUGACUCGAGCUGCUGCCUGAAGACGAGUAAACUGUAACACGGAAAAGGGAUCCCGAUUCUUCUGUAUAAAAAGCUGGUUUGCGUCCCUACUCUCGAGAAAAUGAAACUUCCAGACACUUGUUUCUUAUCUCUUGAGAUAGUUACUCGGUUUUAAGUGAUACUGUUCAAAUACAAAAUCCAACCGACCAAAUGCCGUCCUCCACGCAUUCCCACCCCGCAAUCCCAAACACAGCAUCAUUUAUAACCGAAGCACGCGCAGGCUUCAUCGCCGAUCUGGACUCGACACCGUCCACCGCCAAAGAAAGGCAGGAACUCUUGACCUCGAUCCAGAGUUUUGCGUUCCAGUUCCUCAAGGCCGCCGCUCAGCCCCCUCCCUCCCAUCGACAUGACAUCAACACGGAGGACGACAUAUCGAGCGUUGAGCAGCGAGACGUAAUUUUUGCAGCAGAGGCAAAUAUGGAUAGAGAUAGAGAUACAGAUGACCUCGCGCAACAAGGUCUCAACGUCCUCUGGUACAUGUUCACACAAACCGCACAGGUAAUCGACGUAGACGACGCCUUUCAGGAUCGUCUUGUGGGGUUACUUGCGUGGACGAGGGAGUUUGAUGGGGUGUAUAGACAACUUCAUGGCAUCGUGGGAAGUGCUGGUGGUGGUGCUGGUGGUUGGGAUUCGUAUGGGUUCGGGCAAGGUCUGCGGCUUGCGUGGGAGCAACUCGUUGCGGAUGUUCACUUGCCGAGCGCGAUGCAGAAAAGUCGGAACCUCGCUGCGUUCUCUGCAAAGGUGAUGGCUGUUGGGUUGUGUAAGGAGUCUGUGGCUGGGACUGCGUUUUGGGUUUUUGAGAGGGCUUUAGGAGGGGAUGAGAAUGGGGACGGGGACGGGGACGGGGGUGAGAUAUUUCUGAGAGGGUUGGUUGCUGCUGUUGGAGUGUGGUUGGAGUAUGCUUCGCAUCAACUCCUCGCGCGUUGCUGUUCUUCUCCAUCCUGCGUCGUCGGUGGUGGUCGUCGUAAGGUAUUCGUAGAGAACCCGAUCUCGUUAGUUGACGACCUUUUGAAAGACCAAGCGACUGCAGAACCCCAGUGCGGCGAGUUCAGCAUGUCGCACUGGCUGCGCUGGCGACGCCGUCUCCAGGAACUGAGUCGCGAUGCCGAUGCGGACGUGGCGAGGUUGGCGAAGAGGGGGUUCAUGAGUAUGAUUUUCUGUGGGAGGGAUUUGAGGGUUGAGGUGGAGGGCGAGGCGAGGUUUGUGGAGAGGUUGCAGGGGAAUAUGUAUCGGGAGCUUGUGAGGAGUGGGAAGGAUGUUGUGGAGGGGGAGGAGGUUGAGAUUGAGGUGGAUUGGGUUGAUUGA